AAAUAUAAAAGGCAAGCCAUGUGACAGAGGGACAGAAGAACAAAAGCAUUUGGAAGUAACAGGACCUCUUUCUAGCUCUCAGAAAAGUCUGAGGAGAAGGGAGCCCUGCGUUUCCCCCAAGCUGUGCAGCAGAUAGAGUGAUGAUGGAUUGCAAGUGCAAAGAGUAAGACAAAACUCUGGCAUACAAAGGACAAUGACAACCAGAAAGCUCCAGCCAGAUCCUGCCCGUUCCUUGGAAGGAACUGGAUCCUAGGAGGUGAAGGCAUUUCCGAUUGUUAGUCCUCUGCCUCCCUCUGCUGUUCCUCUUGAGAAGUUUUUCUUUACAACAAUGAGAAAUCAUGUACUAGCUGCAUCCUUUUCUAUGCUCUCCCUGCUGGCACUAAUGGGAGAUACAGACAGCAAAACGGACAGCUCCUUCAUGAUGGACUCAGACCCUCGGCGUUGCAUGAGGCACCACUAUGUCGAUUCUAUCAGUCACCCACUGUACAAGUGUAGCUCAAAGAUGGUGCUUCUGGCCAGGUGCGAGGGACACUGCAGCCAGGCAUCACGCUCCGAGCCCUUGGUGUCCUUCAGCACUGUACUCAAGCAGCCCUUCCGGUCUUCCUGUCACUGCUGUCGUCCCCAGACCUCCAAGCUGAAAGCAUUGCGACUGCGCUGCUCAGGGGGCAUGCGACUCACAGCCACCUACCGGUACAUCCUCUCCUGUCACUGCGAGGAAUGUGGCUCCUGAGACCUGCUGUUGAGUGGCUUUUGGAUGGGACAACCUCCCCCCAUGAGUGAGACAAUUCAAUCAGUCAUGGACUGACUGGCAAGAAAGAAGUUAAGGCAAAAAAAAAGAUGCAGCAAUUCCCAUGGGAUUCUGCAUAUUCCAGUAAUAAAGACUUUACAUGCUUGUUGACAGAGAGAGAUGCUCCGGGAACCUGUUGUCCAUUCCUGUCUCCUUUCCCUGGUACAAUUUCUUUUGCUUCCUUCUCAUAUUCGGGCAUCUUCCCCUUUGGUGCUGAAUGUUGCUUGGGUUUCCAACAAUUCAGCAUUAGUGGGAAAAGUGGGCCCCCAGGCAAGGGUGGGUCAGACUGGCGCUGUUUGGUGCAAAUUAGGGAAGCAUUCACUUUGGAAAGCACGAAUGCCCGAUUCUUUCUGGGACAUCAGCUAAUUUUUAUUUAUCUUGUCAUUUGGUCUAAAGUUGCCAUUGCUGCUAAAGGUUCCCAAUUUGAAAUUCCAGGCACCAAGCAUGUAGGUAUGUUUAUUCAAGUUCAAUCACAGCCAGCUGACAUUCAAAUAAUUAAACAGAUUCUCCUAUACAAUGCUGGGACUCCUGAUAGCUGUAAUUACUAUUCAGAAAUGACUUUUGGAAAAUAAAAGUGGUAUAAGAAUUUGUCACCUGAAGGUUCUCUCAGAUAAAUUAUGGUAAACUUUGUAAGGGAGCAGACUUAUAAAGACCUGCACAAAUACCGAUUCUGCACUGACUUUGAAAAAGGCAUAUGUGUACUAGUGGCAUGGAGAAUGCACUAUACUCAUGCAUGCAAAUUAGACAACCAAGCAUGAAUCUAUUUGUGGGUGUGCUAUAGCUUUUGCCAUGCUGCAGUCAUUUUUCUCCAACACCCACUGGGCCACAUGAAACUUGCUGCCAAAAUGGUGGCCUGGCUCAUCUUCUAAACAUUUGGUUUAAAUAUAUUUUGGUCUUUGAGGCUCCAAACUUGAGUUAUUCCCAUGUUGUGAAAUAAAAAGAGAGUAACGUCAAAAUUC